UCAUCGAUCGCUGAGGACGAUAAACUAAAAGGGGAGUGGGGUUUUCGGCGGAGCAGGGAGGCGAUCUGAUGGGGGCGGCAGCGCUGUCAAUCGACGGGGCGGAGGAGGCGCCGGAGGAGCGGGUGGGGCGCCUUAUCCAGGAGAACCCCGCCGUCAUCUUCAGCCGGCGAGGAUGCUGCAUGAGCCACGUCAUGAAGCGGCUUCUGGCGGCCGUGGGCGCCCACCCGGCGGCGAUCGAGUUGGAGGAGGCCGACGAGGAGAAGGCCGCCGCCGCUGCCGGGGGUGGCGGGCUUCCCACCCUCUUCGUCGGUGGCGUUGCCGUGGGCGGGCUCGAGGACCUCGUGGGUCUCCACCUCCGCGACCAUCUCGUCCCCAUGCUCCGUGAGGCCGGCGCUCUCCGCAGCUGACGCGUGUCCAGGCCCCACUGCCGGCGGCAUCCGCACCAAGGGUAAUGUAGUAGUUUGACCCUUAUCUCUUCCCUUCUUCCCGUCUUUCCCGUGUAACUUUCCAAAAGAAUUUGGCCAUCGAGGAAGAGUUCUUCAAGCUAUUCCCAUGGGGAGGGGUCCCCUACUGUAUAUAGGGACCAUAUCAAGGUCAAGGGAGGAGGAAACCAAAAAGAGAAGAAGAAAAGUACUGUUUUCUUGCUUCUACUGUAUAAUGGCGAGCGGAUGGAACUGUGUGCGCUGUUUGUCUUU